UAUAGGCUGGUGAUGAAAUCAAUCUCUAACAUUAUCACAUAAAUCUUGUUUAGAGAGAGAAAUUGAAGUUGAAGUUAGUAGUGUUUUUUAUGGCUACAUUAGUUUCAAUAAAAUCAUCUCCUCUUGAAGAUGCUGAGGCUCUCCAAAAGGCUUUUAAAGGAUGGGGCACUGAUGAGAAGAGUGUGAUAACAAUAUUGGGCCAUAGAAGUGUUUAUCAAAGACAACAAAUCAGAAAAGCUUAUGAGGAAAAAUACCAAGAGGAUCUCCUCAAACGCCUCGAAUCCGAAAUCUCUGGUGACUUCGAGAGAGCUGUGUACCGUUGGAUGCUGGAACCGGCCGAACGCGAUGCUGUUUUGGCCCAUGUUGCUAUCAAAGAUGGAAGCAAAGGUUACCAUGUUAUCAUUGAAGUUGUUAGUGUUCUUUCUCCUGAAGAAGUUUUGGCGCUGAGGCGCGCUUAUCAUAAUCGUUACAAGCAUUCUUUGGAGGAAGAUGUAGCUGCUCAUACCACUGGCCAUCUCCGCCAGCUAUUGGUUGGAUUGGUGAGCUCAUUUAGGUAUGGCGGGGAUGAGAUCAAUCCAAAAUUGGCGAAAACCGAAGCUGAUAUUCUUCAUGAAUCAAUCAAGGAGAAAAAAGGUAGCUAUGAAGAAGCCAUAAGAAUCCUUACUACAAGGAGCAAGACUCAGCUUUUGGCAACUUUCAAUCGUUACAAAGAUGACCAUGGCACUUCCAUAACCAAGAAACUUUUGGACAAUGCAUCUGAUGACUUUCACAAAGCAUUGCACACCGCAAUUCGAUGCAUAAGUGAUCACAAGAAGUACUAUGAAAAGGUUUUGCGUGGCGCGCUGAAAAGGAUUGGAACCGACGAGGAUGGACUGACCCGUGUUGUGGUAACUCGAGCUGAGAAGGAUUUGAAGGACAUCAAAGAGGUGUAUUAUAAGAGAAACAGUGUUCAUCUAGAAGAUGCAAUUGCUAAGGAGAUUUCUGGGGACUAUAAGAAGUUCAUUCUUACCUUGUUGGGGAAGUAAGGUUGAAGAAAUUGGCCUAGUUAAGAGUAUGUGUUGUAAUAAAGGGGUUUGUUAUGUUGGGUUCUUGUGGUGUGAUUUGGGUGAUUUCUCUAUUUAGAUUAUGUUUUCAUGAUCCUGAAUCAGUGAGAAAUGUUAUGUACUUUUGUUUUAAUAAAUUCCUAUGCUUGAAUUUGAAUGAAAGUUGGUAUUUUAGCAA